AGUCUGGCUUCGCUAUUGGAGUAGAGCAGUUGUUCAGUUUGUUUCCGUGGGCCUGGGAAUUUAGUUUUGCCACUCCAAAUAUUUCCACAAUUAAAUAUUUUCUCGCUCAUUAAAUAAUUAGCGUUAGGAUAGUUAGUUUAGUUAGUUAGUUCUUUUGUUCCAGUUGUUUGAACACUGCACUGAACCGUAUCAUUAUUUUCUAAAUGAUUUAGCCAAAUCUUCGUAAAACUAAGUGAUUAUCGUCAUUUAUGAAAUUUAAGUCUUUGGGCGUUCAGUAUAAACAAAUUUAUUAUCAGGCCGGAUUAUUUUGAUAAGAUUUGAGUUAUUUUCAUACUUUUGAGAGUAUAGGGCUGUGGCGACUGUAUGUUACUUUUAAAUGUGUUUUGGUCGGUGGGUUUAGUCUGAGAGGUAGAUUGGUGAGGUACUUAUCUUUUAACUGUGUGUCGCGUGUGGUGUGGCGACAAGCAAGGACGACGACAAAAUGGAUUCAAGGAUUCGAUUACCUCCCUCCCGUGCGCAUCAGUUGCCAAACUUGUUAAACGGUCAUCAUGAUGAAGAAGAAGAAUACGUUUCUCCCACUGAAGACGUGGAUGAACUGACCAACGGAAUUUCGGCGGUGGAGAUAACCGCAAAUGGAUUGAUUGAAACACCAACUGAUUUGAAUGAUGUGCUUGGAGAAGGAUUUUCUUUCAAAUCGUUUGCGACAUUGCUAGAGACCCAGGAAAUUUUCGUAUUGGAAUCACACUUCAAGUGGAUUUUCCAAAUUGGCAAUAGCGAAGGGCUUCUCGAUGAGAAACGCAUCAAAGUGUUGUAUGACAAAAUGAAAGAAUGGGAGUCCGAAUCAGACGAACAUUUGAGCGUCUUCCAGACCGUGUCGCAGAAGUUACUUCUUGCCGUGUACUCGGCACUCUUGCAUGGCGACACGGAUCAAGUCGGCAAAUAUUUUGAUGAAGCAAAAAAGAUCAUUUCGGAAACACAAAAGAAGACUGGCACUACUAAACAAUUGCAAGUCUACCAAUUCAUCUUGCUCUGCGAUAAACUACUCGUGUCUGGUGCUGGCCUGCUGUUGCCACGCUCGAAAAGGAGAUCGUCGACGUUAACUAUCGAGUCCUUCAAGGCUGAAAUUGAAAAAUGGGAUUCCGGAGGGAGGGAGGUAUUUGCUGAUGAUUUAUUCAAAGCGGUAUUUCUGGGCAUGAAGGCGCACAUAAGCGCACAGCUUGGCAAUACGUCUAAGGCCGUGAAGCUAUAUCGAUGGGCUGCACAGUUGGAUCCCAAUUGUUUCGACUGGGUGCAUCACCACUACACUUCUUUGCGUCGUCAGCGAAGAGAAAAUGAUUUUGGUGCACCGCCUGGCGAAGAAGAAUCUGCAGCUUGUUCUCAGGCCAUUGUACUGUGCCCAGACGAUUGGAUUGCACUUUUGUCUAACGCCAACUUGCUCGAGGAUACGAAAAGAGCAACGAGAUCUUUAAAAGAUCGACAAGAAUUGGAUCCAAAAAUAAUCGACAUAUUGACCCAAGCCCAGGCCAAGGCUCCUCAUAAUGUUUCGGUGAACUUGAAGUUAGCUGAAGCCUACUUGAAUAAAGACAAGGCAACUGAUGAAGACUACACAAAGUCCAAAAUGUUUUUCGAGAGUUGUCUCCGACAAUGGCCCAAUAACUCUCAGGUUUUACACAAAUUGGGAAAAUAUUAUAUGACGAGAGAUAAGAUGGCUGGAAUCAAGUAUUUUGAAGAUGCAGUGAAAGCUGAUUCGGAAAAUUUUCCUUGUCUUAUGGAUUAUCUCAAGGAGAAAUUCAAAAUGUUGAAUUAUCUUGAAUUAAUAGAUUUGAUUGACGAAUUUCUUCUCAAUUAUCAACACAAGAAAGUGUAUCUGGGAAAGUUGCUCGCAUUGAAAGGAUACCUUCAGUGGAUAGAAGGGAAUUCGACAGAUGCCAUAAGGACAUGGUUGCAAAUUUUUGAUAACGACGAUAAAUCGGAAAAAGAAAAAUUGGGGAGCUAUUUGAAGGAAACUUUAAAUGGGAAACAUGUACCCAACCAACGACGUGGUCUUGUUCAAUUUAAGGCUGUAAAGGCAUUAUUAAUGAACACUACACACAUGGCUCAUGAUGACAAGCGAAAAAUUGAGGAAUUCUUAACUCUCUUGAAUGCUGACCAGCCACAACCUAAUAAUCGGAUUUACAGCGUACGGGCCCUCGUCGGCGAAGACGAUCAAAAUUGGCGACACCGGAGCAACAACUCAAGACAAUAUGAAGGUGGUAGCGUAGACUGGAGAAGCUCGAACCGUCACCUAGGAAGGAAUCAACACAUUGCUUCAAGACCUUUAGGCGAUCGUAGUAGUGCUCAAAAUCGCCAAGAAAAUGAUUCUCAAGAUAUGGAUUGGCGUCAGCGAGGUCCAACUGUGCCUCUCCAGAGCAGAAAUGUCGAACUCACGGAACAUGAAGAUCUUCGAGUUACUAUAAUGGCCAACAGAGAACACCGAGAUGGUAAUGGUGCAGGCAGUACUGCACGCAGUAACAAGCAACCAGAAAAUAACUCAAGAAUUCAAUUGAACAGUAAUGGGCGUUGGAAGAAGAAUUUUGAAAAUGAAAACGUUGAGAUCCAGAAUCCCCGGAGUGGCAAAAGCGUCGGAAUGAAACGACACGAGAAGAAUGGACGUUGAUUCCUAGAAAAUCGUCAGUAUGAAAUUUUAGGGUUGCUUAUGAAUAAGUUUCUGAGUGGUGUAAAUUAUACAAAUCUCUUUUCGUUUUUUGUUACGUUUUGUUAUUUUACUGCUAUAUACAACUCAUUAUUAUUCAACUUAAAAUUAUUACCUACCCGGUAUGUAUUCUUGGUCUACAGAUACAUUAUUGGUGUUCAAUCUUUUCUUACUACUUAAAUGACAGGCAGCAUAUAUAUUCUCAGAUAUAUAAUUGGUUUGCUAUCGAUAUUAAUAAUAACAACAACCAUUAAUAAAAAGAAUACGGUUA